GUGGGCUCUUCGGUGAAGUGGUUACGUAGACAACUUGAGGUUUACUGUAGUGGCCAAAAACAAUUUUAAUAUUCCCAAAAUGAAUAUAUUAUUCUAAUUUCCUUGUGAUUUUCCCUCGAAUUGCUUGCGCAUUGCUUUCGCGAUUGUGCUCCAGGAUCGAGACUAAACACACCGUUGUCUUCAAAAUGCCUGUUCUUCCCUCUUUACAAGGAUCUACCUUCGAUGAGGACAUUCGCGAUCGUCACUUGAUAUAUGACUAUGCAGCGCAGGAUACGGAAGGAAAUCCAGAGAAAUGGCGUUAUGAAAUGUGGUUCUAUAACGAGGAUCGCAUAAAUUACGCCAUUCAUGGGGGCCCCAUGGCGGGGCGUGCGGCGUUUCAAUCGGCCACAUACCAAUGCAUCCGGCCCGGAGAGUUAUGGCAGUGUAACUGGCUCGAGGAAACUGGCACCGUCUGUUCAUUGGUUUUCGAUAUUUCGCGGAAGCAUAUCACGACUUUGAUAGCCUUUUCCAAGGGACAUUGGGAGGAAAACACGACAGCUCGUGGCGAUAAGCGCACCCCAGAGGAUCUAGCACGAAUGAGAAGUUUGGCUCAAAUCGGUAGCCAAGUCGAUCGGAUACUUUUGAGCGAACAGGCCGAGAUCUUAGAGGAUUUCCGUGGUCCGGGUAAUCUGAAACCAAUACAGAUGGAUUGGCCGACGCUGUGAUAAGAGGUAGCGUAGUAUCGAGGGCUUCCUUCAAGACCCGGUCCUGUCGGCCGUGGGCUCACGGGGGAAAUCCGAUCA